CACUUACCUUUCUGUGUAUCAGCCUUGAGGCUGUCAUGAGUGACUCGUCACUGCUGUUUAUGGCUGGAGCAAACACUCUGGAAGAGCAAAGGGCUCGCUGGGAGAGGAAGCGCAGCCGGACAGCCAAGGAGCUGCUGGAAACAGAACACAAAUACCUUGAGGAGCUGGAUUUGGUGGUCACAUUCUUUGUGACAAUUUUAAAGGCCAAAGGGACACUGAAACCUGCUGUGUUGGAAACCAUAUUUGGACCCCUGGAAUCCAUAUAUUCAGCCAGCCAUGUUCUGGCACUUCACCUGGAGAGAGGGAAUUUGGGACCAGGAUUGGAAAAUUUCUGUCAGAAUCUGGAGCUUUAUGGCCACUAUGCUGAGAAUUUGGAGCAGGCAAAUAAAAUCUUGAAGGAGCAAUUGAGGAAAAAUAAGUCAUUCCGACGGUUUAAAAAACUCCAGGAGGCUCGACCUCAGUUUCAGGGGAGGAAGCUAGAGGAUCUGCUUCCUUUGCCCCUGCAGAGGCUGCACCAAUAUAAGCACUUCCUCAGAGACUUGUUGGAGAACACCAGUCCAGACAGCCCUGAGUACCAGAAACUUGCAAAGGCUGUGAAAUCUGUUUCUGAGGUAUCUCGGUGGGUACAAGAUAUCAUUCAUAAGAGAGAGAACUCAUUGCAGCUACUUCGCAUUCAGAAACUGCUCAAAGGACAGAAGAUCCAGAUUUUGACUCCAGGGCGCUGGUAUAUCCGGGAAGGCUGGCUUUUGGUGGUGCCUUCGAAGGGAGAAGAACUGAAGCGCAGGAUGUUCUUCCUCUUUUCUGAUAUCUUCAUUUCAACAAAGCCUUGCCACCCACUGCACCCACUGAAUUCAAACAAACUGGCAUGCCAGGCUGUCUACCCGCUUCACCAGUGCGUAGUGGAUAAGGUGUUUGGCCACACGCAGAGCCAGGGGGNUGCCUUUCAGCUUUCCUUUCCUCACAAGACACUGUUGUUGAUGUCCAGUGACCAACAAGAUAUUGAUGACUGGUAUCAGAGUCUUGCAGCUGCAGUCAGACAGCUGAGAGCCUGA